AUGGCCUCCCGGAUAUCGAGGACUGCCUCGCCCUGCCUGCGCCAAUUGCGCAGAGAGUCCCAUCUCCCGCAGCAGUCAUGGGCUUCGGCUUUUCGCACCCUCUCGACGACGUCAAUCCACUCCGCCGCCGUUUCCGAAGUUCGAAAGCCUAUCGAUCAUGCUCCCGCGACGAAGCCCCCGAGUGCCCGGCCAGUUGAGACAAGGAAGAGUCAGCUGAUCCGAACUUACACAUCACUUCUCCGCACCACACCCUUGAUUCUGUUCUUCCAGCACAGCAACCUCACAGCGGUGGAAUGGGCUGCUGUUCGACGAGAGCUGAAGAAGGCUUUGUCCGCCGUCCCUCCGCCUAGCGCUGCUCCUGGUACUGAACCAGUAGAUAUCACUCCUCUCGUCCAAUUGCAGGUCCUCAGGACCAACAUGCUACGGGUGGCUCUUAAGCUCGUCGAAUUCUAUGAUCCGGAGGCUGCUGCUGCAUCAGCAACGACUGCCCGUACGACUCGUGGUCCAGUAGUCCACGAUUUGUCCACAGCUGCGUACGAUGCGAUUAAGAAGGCUGAAAUCCCCGAGGAUUCGAACUUUGCCCAGAUCCAGCCCCUCCUAGUCGGCCCCUUGGCUGCCCUGGUACUUCCUGCGGUGUCUCCAGCCCAUGUGGCCGCCGCACUGAGUGUUCUGGCUCCUGUUCCUGGCCAGUUCCCAGCUCCCACAAGAAAGAAGAGUCCCGGUUAUCACGAUCCCAUUUGCCAGAACGGCCUGGCCAAGCUUCUCCUUGUCGGCGGCCGCGUCGAGGGCAAGAUCUUUGAUCAGUCAGGCAUCAACUGGGUUGGCGGUAUCGAGGGUGGCCUGGAUGGAUUGCGAGCACAGCUUGUGGCUAUGCUCCAAGGCGCUGGUCUGGGCAUCACCAGCACAUUGGAGGGUGGAAGCAGAAGCCUCUGGUUGGCACUGGAGGGCAGAAAGGGCCAACUCGAGGAAGAGGCCAAUGGAGGAAAGAAGGAGGGAGAAUAA